UGGCAGGAUUGGCUACGCGUAAGAGUGACCUUUUUCUGAGUGACCUUCGGCGCGGGCACACGGGGGUGCCACCUGCACUGCCUGGCGCGCUAGGAUUGCUUGCAUUUGUCCUUCCCCCGCGGCCCCCUACGGCCGUGCAUCGAAGGCCACUUGCUUAGGGUCCCUGUUGCAUGCAGCCGAUGUGGCGGAGGAAGGAGGAGGCCCUUCUGCUGCAGUCUUGCUCUGCCACUUUUUUCGGGACCCACUGCUUUUGCAAAGGCGAUGUCGCAUGCCCUGGGCCUACGGAGCAAGGCUCGCUGACGCAGCGCCCGCAGUGUAACGACUUCCUGUGCGCGCCUCGCCUGGCUGGCCUGUGCGGCGCGGACAGGGCAAAGCUACAUGUCCGCGCCGCGGUGGGCAUAUGCACGGCGCUGUAAGCAACGCUCUGGCACGGCUGAAGGGAGGCACGGAGGCACGGACCUCGGCGUGCGCAACUUUCUCAGCUUCUGCAUGUUGGCAUGCGUAACUUUGUAAGUUCCGCGGCGGUGAGGCUUUAGAACCCAGACUUCCGAAGACGUGAGUCAGUUUGUGAAUGAUCGGAGCCCCUGCCUAUCACCGUCGACAAAUAUGCCCGCGCGCAAUCGUGCAUGUAAUUAGUAAUCAGUUGGCCGAGGAUCGGCCAGCCUGGGGCAUAGACUCGGGCACCUUUUUGCCGCGUGCGCGCUCUGACAGCAAGAUGCGUUGUCACAGUGCAGUGGCCAAUUUCUUCCGAUGAAUACGUUUCGUUCGUCGUGCGCGUGAAGUCACCGGGGGCUGGGGGUGUGAGGAUGCC